GUAAUCUGUAAUUGUAAACAAGAAGAAUGGCUGUGCAAAACUGGCACGUGUUUGUUGGUUCUGAAGUUGGACUCUUAAAAGGUGUUGACAUUGAAAAACAAACUUUCUCCAAUUUAAAUUCAAUUGAUAGCACAGGCAAAGAUGAAGAAAUUACUGCAAUGUGUUGGCAUGACAGCUGUGAAAAUAAAAUAUAUCUCGGCCACAGAAAUCAAAAUGUUACAGUAUAUGACUGCGACAAAAAAGCAUUCAUUGCAACUUACAACAUGCAGAUUGGUACUGGGUCUAUAAAUGGCAUUUGCCUACAUGAAGGAAAUAUCAUUACAGCUGUUGAAUCUGGAAUUGUAAAGCUGUGGAAACCAGAGUCAAAUGAGAUUGUAGAAAUCAAUACUGGAGGAAACCUCAGCAAAAUGACAGUUAAUCCUAACAAAUCGUUCCAUCUUGCUACUGGAGGAGAAGAGAAUGAUUUAAAAGUAUGGGAUGUGCAGAAUCCCAAGGCUCCUAUUUUCACAGCUAAAAAUGUUAGAAAUGAUUUCUUAGACUUAAGGGUGCCUGUUUGGAUUACUGAUGUUAAGUUUAAACCUGAUGAUAAGAUUAUCACUUGUACCAGGCAUCAUCAGGUUCGCCUUUAUGAUCCUCGCACUCAACGGCGUCCAGUCAUUGACAUGGAGUUUGAAAAAUAUCCAUUAAUGUCAUUAUCACUUUCCCAUAAUGAACAUCAAGUAGUAGUAGGGAGCAGUCGUGGACGGAUGGCUCUUCUCGAUUUGAGGAAAAAAUUACUUGUUCAUGCAUUUAAAGGAUUCGCUGGAAGCAUUCGAUGUGUCUACUGUCAUCCCACUCUGCCAUUAGUCGCUUCGUGUGGUUUGGAUCGGUUUCUAAGGAUUCAUGAUUUAGAAAAACAUAAGCUUCUGAAGAAGAUAUAUCUAAAAACAAGACUGAAUUGCUUACUUAUGAAAACUUCAUUAGCACAGUUGCAUGCCAGUAACUCUCAAAACCAAAUUGGAAAGGCAAAAGCAAAAGAUAUUGAUGAAGAUGAAGAAAACAUUUGGAACUCGAUGGCAGUUAUUGGAGAUAAGAAGAAGAAGGGACUUGGUGAUGAAAGAGAUGCUGAAAGUGUAGCUCAAAAAAGACAAAAAGUGAAAAAGCAAUUUUCUUGAUGAUAUAGCCAUUCCAUUGAAAAUUGUAAGAUCUGUA